UGAUUUAUCAAACGCAGUCAACUGACAUUGAAACUUCAGCUAAAAUAGCCAUUAAUAUCUACCGGUAUUUAGGAAGAAAAAGCAGCAAGACAGUCAAACACCAUGGUGAGUGGAAAGCGGCUUGCUGAUGUGGGAUAUCGUAUGUUCUCCGCGUCCAUGAUGCUGUUGACGGUCUACGGAGGUUACCUGUGUGUCAUGCGGGGAUAUCGCUACAUGCAAAGACAGAAGGAACUGAAGCUCGCAGCAGAAAAUCAGACAGACACAGAGGUCAUCAAGGACUGAUGGCAUUAUUGCUCCAUUUCAAAGAAAUGAGCAUAUGUGUAUACAUAUACUUUUUUUUACUUAUGUGUACAUUGCCUUGAUCUUGUCAGUUUGGCAAGAUUUGGUGGCCAAGAGAGAUGGGGAAUUCCUCCCCUAAGAUGUCAGCUACUCUGUGCUAUUGCGUUUUAUUGCGUAUUUCUGAGUGGAUAAAUGGACUAUGUAUUUGGUGUUAAUGGACAGCCUUUGUAAAAGAAAUCACUGAAUAACUACUUGCAGCAUAUUAAAUUAUUCACAAUUCCACAUAUCCAA